CCAUUUGUUUCAAUUCCAUUUUGAAAGCUUUGGAUCGGGAAAAAUGGUGGCUUCCAAUUUGAAGUCGGAGACUAUGGAUCUGAUGCAGAAGAGGAGCGCUAUCGAGGCCCAGAUGGAUGCCAUCAUUUCGCGCCUUUGUCAGCCUAGAGGUCCUGGACUCUCUGGGAAUCUCGUCGACUCUGAGGGGUUUCCUCGUUCGGACAUUGACAUUCCAGUUAUUAGGUCUGAGCGUCGUCAGCUGACUGAGCUGAGAAAUGACCAUACGGAGAUCACUGAAAAGAUUAAUCAGAACAUACAAGUUUUGCAUUCUGCAAAGCCUGCUUCGAGCUUGUCACUCUCUAAGGAUGCAGGGAAUACAGAGGUUUCAAAUGGCCAAAGGUCAUCUGUCACAACUGUUGCAUUACCAUCCUCAAAUGUAUCGUCCACUGCAAUGGACAUAGAUGCAAAUGGAGGUAUACCUUUUGCACUGGUUGACGAAAUAGCCGAUGCAUCGCCAGCAGCAGAUGAUGGAUUACAACUAGGCGAUCAAGUUCUUAAAUUUGGGAAUGUAGAAGGCGGUGAUGAUCUGCUGCAUAGGCUUGCCUCUGAAGCACAGAGUAAUCAAGGUCGUCCAAUACCUGUUGUGGUUACGAGGCAUGGUACUCCAGUUAAUUUAACAGUGACACCCAGAUCAUGGCAUGGCCGGGGUCUCCUUGGAUGCCAUUUUCGGAUGUUGUAGCUGGCUCUAACCACAAUUUCAACCUGUCCCUGGUGGCUGUUGAUAAAAACAGUAACCAUUUCUGCUUAACUCUCAUGUUCUACACUCUAUCUACUGGUUUAAUUCUAGGUUCCACGUGUUUGACUGGUUUUAUAAUCCAAUUAUUGCCCACACUGGCCCUUCCUUUUUUGUCAUUUUGCAUAGAUUUUCUGUAAAUUGAAACAAUAGGAUAAGUUGCACUUUUAUGCUAUUUUAGUGGCGUACUCCUUAUGAUGCCAAUCUUUACUGUUUCUUGUUGCUUUGUGUGUAAAGUUACUUCAGAAGACAUUUUACUUUUCUUGAGAACAUCAUUUUGUUAAUGAAAUCAAAGGACUUUUAGCUUACUA